AUGGGUCCUCUAAAGCUCUCCCAUCUGCCUCCGCCCACGACUGCGCCUGAAACAUGCACCAUCACUGAUGGUGCGAAGAAACCAUUUCGAUUUAUGGAUCUCCCAAAGGACAUACGGCUCAUUGUAUACGAGGAGCUGGGCAUGAGAACGUACCGAGACAGGUUUCAUCUACGGGAGGAUCAAUAUUACGUGACGCUCGUCAAUACAGUCAUACCAGGUCUCUCAAUUCUCGCAACUAGCCAUCAGAUCAGAUCGGAAGCAUCCUUCGUCAUUUUGCCACGGCUGCGAAUGAUAGUAUGUUCGCCGCCAGUCAUUGUCAUUCGAGCUGAACACCUCAUCAGCCUAAUCAAUCUACAUGACUGCUUCAGCUCUGUUUACGGUACGAAGUUCAUGGAGAAACUCAUAUCCUGCUUGUAUGACUCGAGAGCAUUGCCCAGAAUGAUGCUUUAUCGAAAAGGAAAACUUUCAACAAGGCAGUUGCGGAGAAGGCUUCGCCUGCAGGAGCUCAUGGCAAUCGACGACGAAGUAAGUCUCAAAGCUUUCGUGCGAUUCGCUCUCCGCGCCAUGAAAUACCUAGCGAGAAAUACCACCGAGACCCGUCACGUAUAUCUGCCGCUUACGUUCGUGGUCGAAGUCCCAGAUACCUUCCAAGGAAUACCUGUCACAACUUCCACCUCCCUGAUGAAAACCCUCUCGUAUAGACUCUUUUCCCCAUUGAUUCCUACCCCGCCGCGAACGGUGACAAAUCACGCAGGCAUCAUGUGGCUGCUUCGCCGUUUCACUUCCCACAUCUCCAAAGCGUGUGAGCUGUGGCGCAUAGUUUCGCUCAUUGUGAAAGUGAGGCUACUGAACGAAGGACAUACUGGGUGGCGAAUUAGCGGACGCAACGUUCAAAAGGCGAUUUCGCGCGGUCUAGAGGAAGCAAAGAGUAAUACGCCCGAUAUAGUACGUUAUGGAGGAAGGGCUCCGAGGAAGAGGGACGAGAUUUGA